UGUGCUGGGGAGGGAGGGAAAAAAAAGUCUUUAAAUAGGGAGUGGUGAGAGAUAGUGGAUAUCUCCAGUUGGAACCCUUGCAAGGAGUUCUAUUCCCUGAGAGAAGCUGUAGAAGACACCAUGAGUAAAAUCAGUGAGACCGUGAAGCGGGCCAGGACCGCCUUCAACUCUGGCAAAACCCGACCCUUGAAGUUCCGGCUCCAGCAGCUGGAGAACCUGCGCAGGAUGAUAAAGGAGAGAGAUGAGGAGAUUGCCGCAGCUCUGCACGCUGACCUCCACAAGAGCAAGUGGUCUGCACUCUAUGAAGAGGUUAUUUAUGCCUUGGAAGAGGUCGAGUAUGCGAUUGCCCACCUUCCCGAGUGGAUCCCAGAUGAGCCUGUAGCAAAGAACGACAAUACAAAAGAUGACCAGCCCUACAUCCACUCAGAACCCCUGGGUGUGGUUCUGAUCAUCGGGGCCUGGAAUUACCCCUUCAAUCUGUCCAUCCAGCCAAUGGUGGGCGCCAUUGCUGCAGGUAAUGCUGUCGUCCUCAAACCCUCUGAAGUGAGUGAGAAAACAGCUCUUCUGUGUGCCGAACUACUCCCUCAGUACCUGGACAAGGACCUGUUUCCAGUCAUUAACGGUGGUGUUCCUGAGACCACAGAACUGCUGAAGGAGAAAUUUGACCACAUCCUCUACACCGGGAGCACGGGAGUGGGCAAGAUCAUCAUGACAGCUGCGGCCAAACACCUGACCCCAGUGACCUUGGAACUGGGAGGGAAGAGUCCCUGUUACGUGGACAAGGACUGUGACCUCGACGUUGCCUGCAGACGUAUCGCCUGGGGGAAGUUCAUGAACUGUGGCCAGACUUGUGUGGCUCCUGACUACAUCCUCUGUGAACCUUCUCUGCAAGGCCCGUUUGUAGAGAAGAUGAAAAAAAUCGUAAAGGAAUUCUAUGGAGAAGAUGCUAAAAGUUCUCGUGACUAUGGAAGAUUGGUCAAUGGCCGUCAUUUUAAAAGGGUGAUGGGCUUGAUUGAGGGACAAAAGGUCGCGUUUGGAGGGAAUGGAGAUGAAGCCUCUUGCUAUAUAGCCCCGACCAUUCUCACUGAUGUUGACCCCAGGGCUAAGGUGAUGCAGGAAGAGAUCUUUGGACCGGUUCUCCCCAUUGUCUGCGUGAAGAGCCUGGAUGAAGCCAUCCAUUUCAUCAAUGAGAGGCCAAAGCCCUUGGCCCUCUAUGUGUUUUCUAAUAAUGACCAGGUCAUCAAGAAGAUAAUUGCAGAGACUUCCAGCGGAGGCGUGACCGCCAAUGAUGUGAUAGCCCAUGUUGGUGUCCAUGCUCUACCCUUUGGCGGAGUGGGGGACAGUGGCAUGGGUGCCUACCACGGAAAGAAGAGUUUUGAGAUCUUCUCCCACCGCCGAUCCUGCUUGGUCAGGUCCAUGAAGAAGGAUGACUCCGAAAAAACCCGAUUCCCACCUUUUCCUGCUAAGGCCUCAUUCAAAUGAGGAGACAGCUGUGGUCCUUUGCCUUCUGGGGCAAAUUGAUGCUGGAAGCCCAUCAUUUCACUCCCCGGUUCUGAAUCUUCAUCCCUGCUGUUCUCCCACCCUCUUCCCUGGGCUCCUAUGUCUUUAUCUUCCUAAUUAGAUUGGAAGCUCCUUGAGGGCAGGAAUUAUCUUACUUUUUUUUUUUUUUAACAUCUCCCACCUUGGUGCCUAGCACAAUAUUGAGCAUGGAACAUUUAUUCAAUAAAGACUUGUUCAAUGAACAAA